CCAGACCCACCUGGUCGGCCUUUGAUCAUGGGAUUCACAUCAAGGACUGUCAAUCUGUCUUGGGCGCCCCCACCAAACAACCACAACCUGCCGAUCACACACUACCUGAUUCACAUGCGCGUGGGCGAAAAGGGGCACUGGGACUCCCGUCACGGCAUUAUAACCCGUGACAAUCGGACUUACCAGCAAAUUAUCAACCUGCUGCCAUUCACCGUGUACAGUUUCCGCGUCUUCGCCGUGAACAAGAUGGGUCGCAGCCAGCCGAGCAUCGAGUCCUACUACAUGGUCACACUGCGCGAGGGAAACCAAACGGAUUAUGUUUUUGGCGACACCGUCUUUGGCGCUCCAAUAAUAUUUGCACGCCAAAAGACCUGAAUGGCCGAAUUUUUUCUCCACAGCAAUUUAGAGGCACAACCUACCCUGAGCACCU